AUGUUGGGUGUGGUGAUUUCACAGUUGGCGACGGGGCAAGGGAAGGCCUCUAACUCCGCCUCCGCAUGGCUGUCGUCAAGAUUAACUGAUGACAGCCGGCUGCAGGAAAAAAGAUCAAGCACAAGAACACAACCUCCUUAUGUUUCAGGCCCUUCCAUCUCAAAUCUUACAUCUUCGGAUCCACUGGAAUUUGAACACCUGAAUAAUAUCUCAAAUUCAGACAUUUUGCCUCCGGACCAAGACAUUAUAGUUCCUGUAACUUGUUCCUGUUCGGGUCAGUACUAUCAAGCCAACACAUCUUAUGUUUCUCAAGUCGUUGAUGAAACCUAUUUCACAAUCGCAAACAACACAUAUCAGGGGCUAACCACCUGCAGUGCACUUAUGCGAGAGAAUCCUUAUGGUGAAUUGGAUUUGUUUCAAGGUUUGAAAUUGCAAGUGCCCCUUAGAUGUGCUUGUCCUACAAAACAACAGAUUGUAAAUGGCACCAAGUUUCUAUUAACAUACUUGGUCACUUGGGAAGAUGAUAUUCCUGCAGUUAGUGUUCGGUUCAACAUAAGCAGCAGAAGUGUAGCAAACGCCAAUGGUUUUUCUGAUGAAAAUUCACUUAUUUAUCCCUUCACAACUAUAUUGAUCCCUCUUCAAACAGAACCCUUGAGCUCUCAGACAAGAACUUACCACCCAACAUUUAGUUCUAAUCCAAGUCCAAUAACUCCGCAGAAGAAGCAUAAAAGAUCCUCGAGAGGACUUCGUGUUGGGAUUGGAACUGCUGCUUCUUUAGCAGUUUUCUGUUUUGUGCUGUGUCUUGGUUUCUUCUAUCACAGGAAAAACAGAUCAAAUGAAGCCUCUUCGAAUAGUAGGCAGGGGGAAAAUCUGUGGAAAAUACAGGAGCAUAUCCUAGAUAAAGUUGCUGGAAUCGAGGAAAUGCUGAAAAUAUAUCCAUUUGAAGAAUUGGAGGCAGCUACUGGAAACUUCAGUGCACAGAAGAAGCUGAGUAAUUCUGUUCAUCGUGGGGUUCUUCGUGGAAAAUUAGUGGCCAUAAAAAAGACGAGCACAGACGUGACAAAGGAGAUUGAAAUUCUUAGCAAGAUCAAUCACUUCAAUCUGAUUAGUCUAUAUGGUGUCUGUGAGCAUGAUGGAGAUGUCUAUCUUGUUUAUGAGUUUAUGGAAAAUGGAUCUCUAAAGGAAUGGCUCCAGAAAGUGAACUGUCCACAUGUUCAGAGCUGGAACUACUUGAUUCGUAUUGCAUUAGAUGUUGCUAAUGGGCUUCAUUAUCUUCACAACUUUACUGCUCCAGCAUAUGUGCAUAAAGACAUUAACAGUUGCAAUAUCUUACUCAACGGAGAUCUAAGGGCCAAGAUUGCAAAUUUCAGUCUUGCAAGAUUAGUCCAGAGAGAGAGAAAUGGAAAUUCGCUUAAAAGCUGUGUUCUAGGAGCAAAAGGUUACUUGGCACCUGAGUAUUUGCGAGAUGGAAAUGUGACUCCAAAAAUUGAUGUAUACGCCUUUGGGGUUGUUCUGUCAGAACUGAUUACAGGAAAAGAGGCUGUUUUCCUGGAGAAUGGAGAAGAAGUUUUUCUGUCAGAAAAAAUCAUGUCAACCACGGAUGGAACAAAUGCAAAUGGUGAGAUUAAGGACCUAAUCGACACUAGCCUCCAAGUAAAGAAUUCUCUUGGUUUUAUCAUAGAUCAAACUGAAUUUGCAUUACGCUUGGUGAAAUUAAGCGUUGCAUGCUUGGCACAAGAACCAGAAAACAGGUUGAGCAUGACUGAAGUAGUUUCAGCUUUGAUGAAGAUCCAGUUAGAUGUCCAGAACUUGGAAUCUUUUUCCAUUGACGUCGGACUACAGUAG